GUACGCCCGUCUCGCUUCGGGUGCAGAAGGUGCAGCGGGCCGCGGUGCCCCGUGCGUGCGCGGCUCUGGCACCUCCGUUCGGUUCGUGCGGGGUGCGAGUGAGCGAGAGAGGCGGGAUUCAUUACAAAAUAAGGCCCGCGCGCUCGGACGGGUUAAAGAUGGAAGCGAUGGACACGAUCGCGAGCUCGCAUCCGCGGCGGACGCACAACAGCUACGAGGACGAGGAGGAGCGGAAGCACUUCCAGAGGAUCGUCUCCGCGUUCCGGUAUUACAAAACGCACUCUCUGCAGAGAGUGCGAAAGACGGAGUCUUUUUUCCUAAGUCUGCCCCAACACCACCAGAAGUUUCUGGCCAAGUACAAGGAGCACUUGCAGGAGGUCAAACGGUGUAUCGAUAACAACGAUCAGAUCAUCAAGCUCAUAAUAAAGGACGUGGCUCAUAUAUUUGAAAAUGUGUGUCCAAACACGGCCCAAAUUGACAAUACGCUGAACCUAAGGCCUGUAAUGUCGGAUCAGGAAAAAGUGCAGGCCACUAUCAAACAAUUGGUACGUGACUGGAGCGUGGAAGGCGCUGAGGAACGGAAAGCAUGCUAUCAGCCAAUCGUAGACGAAAUAUUACACCAAUUUCCAUCGGACCAGUGUACGCCGUCGGACGUGAAUAUUUUAGUACCUGGCGCAGGGUUGGGUCGACUCGCCUUUGAAAUCGCGAAGCGCGGAUAUACCUGCCAAGGAAACGAAUUUUCCCUGUUCAUGCUGUUCGCGUCGAACUUUGUAUUAAAUAAAUGUAGAGAUAUAAACUUGUAUCAAGUACACCCGUGGGUGCAUCAAUACAUGAACAACUUGAAACCCGAGCAUCAAACGCAAGCGGUCUCCUUUCCCGACGUGAGCCCGAGCGAUCUUCCAGGAACGGCGCAAUUCUCUAUGACCGCGGGUGACUUUUUGGAGGUUUAUGCGGAGAGUAAUCAUUGGGAUUGCGUCGCGACAUGUUUCUUUAUAGAUUGCGCCAAUAAUGUUGUGCAAUUUAUAGAAACGAUCUACAAGAUCCUAAAGCCGGGCGGCAUCUGGAUAAACCUCGGACCAUUGCUCUAUCAUUUCAGCGACCUACCAAACGAGGAGUCGAUCGAGCCCAGUUACGACGCCAUCCGCGACGUUAUACUCGGCUUCGGCUUUCAAUUGGAGAAGGAGCAGGCAAAAGUGAAAACGCGUUAUGCCCAAAAUAUAAACAGUAUGUUACAGUGCGAAUACAAUAGCGUGUACUUUGUUUGUCGGAAGCCCGACCGACAUGAAGACGGUGUGAAUCACAAUCAGAACGGAGACGAAACUAAUAGUGCGCGAGAACAAGAAAACUGAUUAAAGCGUGAUUAAUGACGCUUUUUCUUUGAAAGAAGAAAUGUUGAACACUUGAAAAGUUAUUGUUUAAGUGCACCCGUGUUUCAUGAACUAUUGCUAGAGAUAGUUUUGUGAUUACGAGAAUUAUCCGAGGUUUCUUAUACCAUUUCUUUCCUUUCUUUCUCUUUUUUUUUUUAUGUCUUUACCUGUCUCGGUCUGUCUCGAGUUCAGAGACUCAUUUCAUACGAGCGAGUUUUCAAUGGUACUACAAGAGAUUGUCUUCGUAACUUCAGUAAUGUUUUGAAGAUAAUAGAUAAAUUAUUUUUUUACAUUCAUCAAUGUUUCCAUGACUCCAGACAAUAUCUAAUCUAGCUAAAUCUCCCGUUCAUUGUCGACGGUCGUACGAUUGAAAAGCAGGCGUACAUUUGACAGGUUUAUAAAAUUAUUUACAAGAU